CGGAUGCCGACUCCAUUGUCUUGUAGUCUGGUAACACCAGGCAAGUUACAUCCGCCACAUAUGUCCGGAGAGGUGCAUCUUAGUGCCACCGGUGAGCACUGGACACCUGUUCCACAGCAUAGUCAAGCAGUAGCUGGGAGUUCGAUGCUUGCACGCUACAGAACACGAGUCCAUAGAGAGUGCCUGAUAAGCAAUGCAUGCGAGACUCCUAACUUCCACAGAUGUACCUCAUGAUGAGAAAUGGUCGCCUGCAC